AUGUCGGACAUGGAAAUUGAUUGGCACAGCCCGGGCCAAUCAUCAGAUCUCACAUCCGACGACGGAUAUGCGACGGAUAGUGGUGUGUCCUCAAUGGACGAGCAGAUAUCAACAUACACUAAAUCAAUCACCUCAUCCAUUGUCAACUAUCCUCAGGAAUACGGCCGACGAUAUCACGCUUACAGGGCCGGUGUGUACGCCUUUCCAAACGAUGAUCCCGAGCUAGAUCGCAUGGACAUGGCUCAUGUUCUCAUGUUCAAAUCAAUCGGCUAUAAACUCUACCUGGCACCACUUGUCAGAGAACGAGUCAUUGGAAUUGAUUUGAGCGCUGUUCAACCCCCUUGGGUGCCACACAACGUAAAGUUUGAAAUUGACGAUAUUGAAAGUCCAUGGGUAGGCGACAGGAUGUACGACUACAUCUUUGUCCGAUACAUGCUAGUAUCUAUCCAAGACUGGCCUAAACUAGUUCAAAACAUCUAUGAGCAUCUAAAUCCCGGCGGAUGGGUAGAAUUUCAAGACAUGGACGGCCUCUACUACUCAGACGACGGAACCUACGCCGAACACUACGUCACGCGCCUAUGGAACCAAGAAUUCGUCCAGGCCUGCGAAUCCAUCGGCCGCACAGCCCGCCCGGGCCCGCAACUCGAGGGCUGGGUCACAAACGCCGGGUUCCAGAACGUGGUGCACAAGAGGUUCAAGGCACCGAUUGGGCCGUGGCCCAAAGACGCCCAUUUCAAAGACGUGGGCAUGCACAAUUUGUGUCAGCUUUUGAACGGCUUGGAGGGCUUUAGCCUGCGAUUGUUCUGCGGGGUGCUGGGUCGCUCGGAAGACGAGGUUCUCUCCAUGCUGUCGAAUGUUCGGGAGGAGUUGAAGCGCGGCCUGUUCCACGCAAUGUUUGAUCAUCAUGUUGUGUAUGGGCAGAAGCCUUUGGAGGGACAGCAACAGCAAUACUUUGCCUCAUAG